AUGGCGACGGCAUCGGCUCAUGGGCCUAAGACGAAGCAGCGUCUCCCACCACCUCCAUUUUACAUCCCACUUAACAUAACCCUUUACUUAUGCUUAGUGGCCAAUGGCCUUGCAGCGCUAUUCUCCCCAAUCCAAGAUUGCGAUGAAGUGUUUAACUUCUGGGAGCCUACUCAUUACUUGCAACAUGGAUAUGGUCUUCAAACAUGGGAAUACUCGCCAGUCUAUUCUAUUCGGAGCUGGCUUUAUGUGUCAUUACAUGCCGCAGUAGGGAAACUGGGGUCCAUGCUGGUACACAGCAAGACAGCUGAAUUCUACAUGAUCCGUUUGACUCUUGCAUUUGUGUGUGCGGCCUGUCAGACUCGAUUAUAUUCUGCCGUCUGUCGCAAUCUGAGCCCCCGAAUAGGUCUCUUGUUUGUGAUGAUUGUUACGCUCAGCCCGGGCAUGUUCCAUGCUUCAACAGCCUUUUUGCCAUCAACAUUUACCAUGUAUAUGUCCAUGCUUGGCUUUUCCUCUUUCUUGGAUCGGCAAAAUGGACAGAAGACAGCGCAAGGAAUAAUGUGGUUUGGUCUGGGUGCCAUUGUCGGAUGGCCAUUUGCUGGUGCUUUGAUUGUUCCUCUUUUGAUUGAGGAGGUCGUUCUUGGCAUUUCUUCCAGAUCCUUUGCCUCACUUUUCUGGUCUCUCUCCGAUGGUGCUGUCCUUUGUUUGUUCAUUGGGACUGUUGAGGUAGCAGUCGAUUAUGCCUUCUUUCAGAAGCUUGUUCUUGUGCCAUGGAAUAUUGUCGCAUACAAUAUCUUGGGUGGUGAGGGCAAGGGUCCAGACAUUUUCGGCACGGAGCCCUGGACCUUUUAUAUUCGAAAUCUCCUGCUCAACUUCAAUGUAUGGUUCCUGUUUGCCAUGCUAUCCGCGCCAAUUAUGUUCCUACAGACCGUCUGCCGAGCCAAAGGUACUUCUGUAAAGACAUUGCUACGUUCCAUGGCCCUGGUCGCUCCUUUCUACAUGUGGUUCGUAAUUUUCUCGGCCCAGCCUCACAAGGAAGAGCGAUUCAUGUACCCUGCAUAUCCAUUCCUGGCACUCAGUGCAGCUCUAACGUUCCAUACCAUCCUGACCUGGCUUGGGUCUACUGACUCAAAUUGGCUGAUCCGACGUGUUCCGGCCAAACUCAAGCUCGUCGCAGCUGUGUCUGUUGUCCUGGUCGCUAUAAAUGCCGGUAUGCUGCGUACCCUGGGUAUGGUUACAGCAUACGGUGCCCCGAUCAAGGUUUUCGAGCCACUUCAACAGGUGAAUGUAGCGCAGACAGGCGACUCGGUAUGUUUCGGCAAGGAGUGGUAUCGCUUUCCCUCUUCAUACUUCCUUCCCCACAACAUGCGAGCGAAGUUCGUCCGAAGUGAAUUCCGAGGACUUCUCCCCGGUGAGUUCCCGGAUGCACCGAGCUACCUUGGCCGUUUGAAUGGGGCUUCGCAGAUCCCAUCCGGCAUGAAUGAUCUCAAUAUUGAGGAUCCCAGCAAAUAUGUUGAUAUCUCUCAAUGCUCUUUCCUAGUUGACUCCUAUUUCCCUGGCCACGCCACGACUGAGCUUGAACCCAACUAUAUUCUGGAUAAAGUUAACUGGGAAACUCUGUCAUGCUCAAGCUUCCUUGAUGCAGCCCAUACCGGACUCCUGGGGCGAUUGAUCUGGAUUCCUGAUUUCCCUUUCAUCCCUGAUCGCUUCCGACGGAAAUGGGGACAGUACUGUCUUCUCCAGCGCAGCACAGCUAAUGUAUAA